AUGGCACCGAAAAAAAUUGAACCCAAGAAAUCAGAACCCAAAAAACCUGAGGCUAAGAAGGAAGAGACUCCUGUUCCUGCUCCAGUGAAGGAGGAACCCAAAGAGCCUCAGGUUGAUCUGAAGAAUAUUGUAUUGGAGUUCACUCCAGAUCAGAUUGAGGAGUUCAGAGAUGCCUUUACUCUAUUUGAUGAGACACCAACAGGAGAGAUGAAAAUAAGAUUUGCCCAGUGUGGAGACGUGAUGAGGGCUUUGGGUUAUAACCCUAUUAAUGCUGAUGUGCAUGUUGUUCUAGGGAAGCCCAAGGCAGAGGAAAUGAACAGCAAGAUGCUGGACUUUGAGACCUUCCUCCCUAUGUUGCAACACAUCUCCAGGGCAAAGGACCAGGGUACAUUUGAGGACUUUGUGGAAGGGCUGAGGGUUUUUGACAAGGAAGGCAAUGGUACAGUGAUGGGUGCCGAGCUCCGCCACGUUCUGGCAACCCUGGGUGAGAGAUUGACUGAAGACGAGGUGGAACGCCUCAUGACAGGACAAGAGGAUGCAAAUGGGUGCAUCAAUUACAUCUCAUUCGUCAAACACAUCCUCUCUGGGUGA